AUGAAGCAUAAAAAAGCAUUAGUAACUAACUUUUAAAGAAGAAAAAUUUUUAACAUCGAAAAAAUUCCUCAUCAUCACAAUGAUAAUAUAAUGAAAAUUGAAAAUCAAAGUAUAAACAAAUAAUAGCAUUGCCAGAAAUGGUAGGAUUCAAAUUAAAACAAUGAUUCAAAUUAUAAUCAAGCAGAUUAUGCAAGUGUAAAAUCUAAAAUUUUAAAUGCAAAUUAAAAAUUAAAAACUAAAAUAAAAAAGAUCGAGUCUUAUUAACCAACUCAAGAAGAUGAAUUUGCGGAGUCAGAUAUUAGCGGUUCUGAGGAAUAUAAAAAGAGAUAAGUUAAUUCUCAAAAAUAAAAAACUUUCAAUGAGAGUUAAAAUAGUAUUAGCAGCUAUGAGGAAAGUAGUAGUGACCUAGAUUCUGACUCUAAAGACUAUGACUUCCAAUUCACUUAAAGCAGUAAUGAGUUAAAUCAAACUGUUGGAUGA